AUGUCCAAUCAAUCUCCAAUCUCCGAUCCAUACGCUUAUCUCAACAUCGUAAAAAAUCCGGAUGGCUCCAUCACUCGCGACCUCACCAACUUCCCGUGCGUCCCAGCCACACCGGAUCCUUCCCCACUAAACCCGGUCGUCUCCAAAGACGUCUCCGUGAACGAGUCAAAGUCAACGUGGAUGCGUCUCUACCUCCCCGACGUCGUUUCGUCUGCAAAACUCCCUCUCGUGGUCUAUUACCACGGCGGAGGCUUCGUCCUCUGCAGCGUCGACCUCCAAGUCUGCGACGACUUCUGCUCCGAGAUGGCGCGUGACCUCAACGUCAUCGUCGCAUCUCCUUCAAACUCCGACGACGAGUGGAUCAAAUCUCACGCCGAUCUCUCCAAUGUGUUCCUCAUGGGAACGAGCGCCGGCGGGAACUUGGUUUACAACGUCGGGUUAAGAUCCGGCGAUCUGAUUCCGUUACAGAUCCGUGGAUUGAUUCUGCACCAUCCCUUCUUCGGCGGUGAAGAGCGAUGCGGAUCUGAGAUUGAACUUGUGAACGAUCAGGUUUGCCCGCCUGUAGUCACGGACGUUUUCUGGGAUCUCUGUCUCCCCGUCGGCGUUGAUCGGGAUCAUGAGUAUUCGAAUCCGACGGUGGCGGAUGGAUCGGAGAAAUUUGGACGGUUGAGAUGGAAGGUGCUGGUGAGUGGAGGAAAUGGAGAUCCGAUGAUAGAUCGGCAGAGAGAUGUUGCGAAGUUGAUGAAGAAGAAGGGAGUGGAAGUGGUGGAGCAAUUUACCGACGGCGAUGCUCACGGUGCUGAGAUCUUCGAUCCUUCUAAGCGUAAAACUCUGUUUGUUUCCAUCAGAGAUUUCAUUUCCUCCUCCUCUGCUCUGUAA